AUGGAUAAAGGAAGCUGUCUUGGUCGUGUUCCUUAUAACUCGGUGAUUGGAUUCAUCCUAGUACUUGUUGGAGGUGGUGUUCUGUGUGGUACAAUUUAUUCUGGAAUAUCACGUAUCGAUACAUACUUUCGGUUGUAUUUUUUUCCUGUUUACUCUUUACCUUAUCUAAGAAUAGCUGCAGUUGUGAAUGGGGCAGUCGCCGUUCUACUCGCUUUUCUUAUACUAAUUUUCUCAACACUUGUGAAUAAUGCUACUCGUGGCCGCAUCUAUCGUGGUGAUCGCUACAUUAUGGGUGGGCGUUGUUCAGCAGCUCUAUUCAUGUGCACCACAUAUGUAACCAUAAUUGUAUGGUUAAUAUUUCUAGCAUUCCUUGUUGUUCCUACAUUUUGUUGGGCAAUGUUCAACUCGAUUUGUACUGCUGAGUUAGCUGAUGUUUGGCAUGGACCAGGUGCACGACGUCCUGGUCCUGAUGGCCGUGUUGCUCCUUCUCUGUCAGAGUUACGAGAUCGUAAAGAUUAUCUGGCGGAAACGUAUACAGCUCGUCUUGCCUACUAUUAUCAAAAUCUCAAUUUAGGCUAUAAUCCUUCCGACCCUCAGAACAGCUUCAGACCUCCUUUCGUUAAUCUGGGAAACUCGCCCAAUCUACCAAAUUAUCACGCCAAUCGAUAUUAUUCUCCUGAUUUCAACUACAUUUUUAACUUGACACAUUAUGGUGUUUAUAUUAAACCAUGGAUGUAUGAUGAGUCACUGAAUUAUCGUGAAGCUAUUACUUCUCUGAAUGAAUUCGCAAGAUUUUGUGACGAAGUUAUGAUAGUGGGUCCACUUUUUGCUUGUUCACUUGGCGGUGCUGUUUUUGUUCUACUUGGUUUGACUCUAUUUGUUGGCUCAUUGUCAGCUUAUUAUACUCGAUUAAAAUUGACAAAAGAACUGACAGAUUUCAAACAGAGCAUCGCAUUAAGGUCACCCAAAAAUCAUGAUCCAUCAGCUUAUUUUUAA